AUGCACUAUCUAAAUGCAUCCCGACGGCUCGUGCGGGGUGGCCGUCGCCGCUGGCCGUCCAUAGCACAGAAUCCGCCACGGCGAAAUCAAAGCUGUGCUGCGACUUGUAACAGCGUUGAACCGGCCUCUUCCCCUUCUCCAUAUACGCCGCCACCUACAUCUCCUGUUUCACUAAAGUCUUCCCGCAAGGAGACGCUCAAGCAGGCAAAGCCCUUCUCCGCAUUCCUCACAGACACAUUCAACCGCCAACAUGACUACCUGCGCAUCAGCAUCACAGAGCGCUGCAACCUACGAUGUCUAUACUGCAUGCCCGAAGAGGGCGUCCCGCUCUCGCCGCCAGCGCAUAUCCUUACAACCCCCGAAAUCGUAUACCUCUCAACCCUGUUCGUAUCACAAGACCCUUUCCAAUUCCAACUCAUGACACGUCGAAAGGGCCUGGAUGCGGUGAUGAAGAGUAUUGAUCGGAUUCUGGAAAUGAACAGGCGUGGUGCUGGGAUUAAGCUGAAAAUCAACUGUGUGGUCAUGCGCGGCCUGAACGAUAGGGAGAUCCUGCCCUUUGUGGAGCUGGGCCGCGAUCAGCCGAUCGAGGUGCGAUUCAUUGAAUAUAUGCCGUUUGAUGGGAACAAAUGGAGCCAGGGCAAGAUGUUCCCAUAUAAAGAAAUGCUCAGCGUCAUCCGGGAAAAGUACCCAAAUCUGAAGAAAGUCACGGACCACAAGAAUGAUACCAGCAAGACGUAUCAGGUUCCUGGGUUUGCGGGACGGGUUGGCUUUAUCACGAGCAUGACGCACAACUUUUGCGGGACCUGCAACCGUCUUCGCAUUACAAGUGAUGGGAACUUGAAAGUUUGCCUCUUUGGAAACGCCGAAGUGUCACUUCGGGAUAUGAUUAGAAAGGGAAACGACGGGCAGCCGAUUGAUGCCCAAGCUUUCGAAUCUCUCGGCCUAUUAGAAUCCGCUCGACAAUCAGCCCAAGCAGAACAGAUGGGACAUGCUGUGAAUGAGCGGGAACAGCAACUGCUGGAUAUUAUCGGCGCAGCAGUGAAGCGGAAAAAGGCAAAACAUGCAGGCAUGGGAGAGCUGAAGAAUAUGAAGAAUCGGCCCAUGAUAUUGAUUGAUGAGCGCCAAUCCAUACAUCCUUCCGCUACAUUUGGCAUGCGCCCCGGCAUAAAUAUGCACAGCAACUCGUUACGGCUGUCAAAACCCUGGGCUAACAUCCCAACCCACAUUCUCCCAUGGACCUCUCCAUCAGUAUGCCGCACGUACUCCACAAAGCGACCAAAGCACUCUCCUACCUCCUCCUCUGGGUCUGAUCAGCCCACCAAGGCUCCUAUCUCAGACCUGCCUAUAGCUUCACAUCCUGUCCUGCCGCACCUAACCCGCGAGGAGAAUGUGCACAUGACAUCCAUCUCUCACAAGCCAGAAACAAACCGCCUCGCCACCGCAGUUUGCAGAAUAACUUUCUCCAACGCGACACCGCGAAGGUUAUACGAAGAAAGGCGACGUGCUUUCCGUCGCGCGUAUAGCGGGCAUCAUGGCGGCGAAGAGGACGGCAGAUAUCGUUCCGUUGGCCCACCCAGGUUUGGGAAUCACGGGGAUAGAAGUCGAUGUUCGUGCCUGUCCGCCAUCGGAGUUGGGCGCUGA